GAAAACAUAAGAAAAAAACAAAAAAGGUCUUCUAAAGGAAAUCAUGGCUCCUGAAUCGCGAGACGUCGAUUCGACGGAAGGAGAAAGCAACGAUCUGGAGACGAGGAAAUCGACGGAAUCCAUGGAAAGCACCGAUUUGGAGACGACGAAAUCGACGGAAUCCAUGGAAAGCACCGAUUUGGAGACGACGAAAUCGACGGAAUCCAUGGAAAGCACCGAUCUGGAGACGAAAAAAUCCAUGGAAAGCACCGAUCUGGAGACGACAAAAUCGACGGAAUCCAUGGAGGAAUCUACGGAGGAAUGUCGGAGUGGGUACAAACGCAAGGCAGAGAUGCCUGCGGAUUCUGGUUCAAGCGAAGACGAGGAUGAGAUGAAGGAGGAAGACAGCUGCGAGAGUGACCAAGCAUGGGGAGUUGAUAGCUUCGAUGAUACAGAGUAUGAACCCGAUACUGAGGAUGACGACGAUGAUUUUGAAUGGAAUCGAUACUUGCGCCAUGUUUACAACAGCCGGGGUUUUAAGGUGGAUAGAGAAAUCGUUCCUAGACGACCUUUUCAAGGAUUCCGUCCUUUCAAUUUCGAUGCUCCGUUUCUGCCCAACAUCGACGCACGCGAGUACAUGGAUAACAUGGUGAAGCUGGCUCUUGAUAAAUACAACCAACAGAAUGGAACCAAUGUCACGUGUGACCAUAUCGUGAGGGUCGUGGUGAAAUGGAUCAUUGGAGUCAAAUCCUACAUAACCUUCAUGGCUAGGGAGUCUCCUCAUGGGGAUCUCAUCGAGUAUCAAGCAAAGACUCAGUGGAAAGUGUGGCAGAAUCAUGCUCAUCCCAUCCUCUGCAGACCUUCUCCUCCUAUGAAACCUCUUCCAGAAAGAUACUUAUUCAAUCCUCUCGAGAAACCCCAAGAGCGACGCUACUGAGCUUGCUGCUGCCAGGAUUCAAGAAACCGAGUUAGAAAGCCAGUUCACAUCCUAUCAUACAAGUCUUAUUUAUGACAAUUGAACUUAUGUUUAUGUAAGCUUUUAAUCUGUAAGACCUUCAAUCUACUUGUUGGCACUUAGGUGUCCCGUGUAUUAUUAAUAAAUUUUAUCUAGUUUCUUUUGAUA